CAUCAUGUGAUAUUCAUACAUCCAAGAUGGAGGGGCGUGCAUGCAGGUCAUGUCGUCUGCACCAUUUAUCUGCGGUUUUCUUGCUUUUCUUGGUGACAACAGCUGCAGGAGCUGAGAUCCAGGCCACUGCCUACCUGCAGGCACAAGGGAAGGUCCAGGUGAAGCUGGGUGUGUUGGACAAACAGAACGGUGAUGCUGUCGCUACCUACGAUGACAGACUAACAGAGAAUGGCUGGGGGGUGUUGAACGUGGUGUCUGGGUUCAGGCCUAAGAAGCUGAGUGACAAUGACAUCAUGUACCUGGCCGGGUACUUGGAGGGAGUCCUGACGCAGGAGAGAAUAUACCAGCAUUACCUGAACCUGUAUGGCAUCUUUUUCAUGGGAAAGUCAGAAGAUUUAGUUGGCAAGGUGAAGAAGUUCUACACUGCACAGGACACAUGGGUGCGAGCGCAGGUGAAACAGUCCACAGACCCUGUUAUGGAACACCUGUCCUACAUACUGUCCCAGUACGAUGGGCUGGUGAAGGGGUACAAUGACAAUGUGGACCCUCCAGUGAAACUUGACAUUUUUGCCUUCCAACUGCUGAACGGAAACGGCGACACGUUUGACAUCAUCCCGGCUGUGAACCCCUCCUCACGACCAGACUUCUCCAACAUGAGUCGGGUGGAGAUCGAUGACUGGGUCUCGGCUCACAGCCACUGUUCUGCUCUUGUUAAGGUCCUGGGUGCAUACGAGAACGUCUACAUGUCCCACUCCAGCUGGUUUAACUAUGCUGCCACCAUGCGUAUCUACAAACACUACAACUUCAACAUCGCCAACCCUGCCACUGCCACCAGGAAGAUGUCCUUCUCAAGUUAUCCAGGUUAUCUGGAGUCUCUGGAUGAUUUCUACCUGAUGGACAGUGGACUGGUGAUGCUGCAGACAACCAACAACGUCUUCAACGGCACCCUGUACGACCUGGUCAAACCAGAGUCCAUCCUGGCCUGGCAGAGAGUCCGCACGGCCAACAUGCUGGCCAGAAACGGUGACCAGUGGGGGGCUAUCAUGAACGUCCACAACUCAGGAACCUACAACAACCAGUACAUGAUCAUCGACCUGAACCUGAUUGAGCUGGGGAAGACCAUCCAUGACGGGGCGCUGUAUGUGGUGGAGCAGAUCCCAGGACUGGUCAUGUCUGCUGACCAGACGGACAUCCUGCGGGCAGGCUACUGGCCAUCCUACAAUAUCCCGUUCUACGAGAAAGUGUACAACCUGAGCGGGUAUCCAGAGUUUGCCAAGUCCCAGGGGCUGGACUACACGUACCAGCUGGCACCCAGGGCCAAGAUCUUCCGCAGGGACGCAGGCAAGGUCAAGGACAUGGAAUCCAUGAAGGCCAUCAUGAGAUACAACGACUACCUCCAUGAUCCCUACUCCAAAGGCAACCCCUGUAGUGCCAUAUGUUGCAGGAAAGACCUGGCAAAAGUUGGAGCCAAGCCAGACGGCUGCUAUGACACAAAGGUGUCUGACUACCACAUGGCUAGAAACCUGACAUCCUUCGCCAUCAAUGGUCCAACGCUGGGCACAGGCCUUGAGCCCUUCAGCUGGUCAGACAAGUUUAAGAUAUCACACAUUGGGCUGCCAAACAUUUACAACUUCAGCUUUGUCACCAUGACACCUGCUGAACUUUGAACUAGAACGUCAAGAAUUGGAUAUUCAUCCAUAAAGAAUAAUGAUGGAAUGAAUAUAAUUUGAUCUAAAAGUUGAGUUGAUUUCUGCUCGAUUUUGCUUUUGCUGUACUUGAUCUGCUUUGCCUUUGGACAGUAAGACCACUCACAACAGGAAGGCCCCCUACUUUAUUGAGGUGAAACAUGCUGCAUUUGUUAUAGCUAAGGCCACAGCAAGUAAAUUUUAUGGAUGACAUCCUAUACAGACUGCUAAAAUAGUGCAAUAGGGCGGGAAAAAAA